AGGACAGAGGGGCGAUGUCAUUUCUCAUUUCGCAGUGUGUUUAUGUGGCUGCUGCCAUUCCACCAAGCGAAGCAAAAGCUCCAUAUCCUUGUAACUCCGGCAACAGGCAUUUCUGAGUCUGUUUGCAAACAAGACACUAGAGGGCUCCCAGGGGUUAAAAAUAUAGUGGAAAGUUGCUUGAAUGAAAACGGGUUCUGUAAGGCAUUUGUUUCUUUUCCCGGAGUUUAAAAUUGAAGUUUAUGUUUUAAACUAUUAAGAAAAGUAUACGGUUUAAAACUCAGUUAGGAGCAGCCAGUUCAUAAGUAACUGUUUUGCUUUGCAAUCGGUAGUUUUCAAGGGCGCUUUUUAAAGCUGCCCUGAAAUAUUUGAGAUGAGGAACGUUCCUGACGAUGAAAUAUGUUCUACUUAAAUGCCGCAGCCUUUAAAAGUUCUUUGCAUUAGAAUCAGGGACCACAUUCUUCCUGGAGCCACGCAUGGGGCCAGCUGUAACAAGCCGUACUUCUCCCUGGGGAAGCUGAUAGAAUUUUAAAAGUUUUGCUGAUUUUAAAAGAUUUGUUGUGGUGAGUGUCAGAAACAUUUCUAACUCCAUCACCGACCAUUUACUUCCACGCGACCGACUGGAGACGACUUAGACACGGAAGCGGAUGCGACACCUGAAGUCAGGAAACCAUGCAUCACGUCAGCAGGAGCCAACUGCAGACUUUAAACUGUGUUCAAAAUGUGGAUGCCGUGGAGAAAUGACCUGCCCAGACAACCCAGGGCAACUCAUAAACUGGUUCGUCUGCUCCCUGUGCGUCCCACGGGUACGUAAACUCUGGAGUAGCCGGCGUCCAAGGACCCGGAGGAAUCUCCUGCUGGGCACUGCCUGUGCCAUCUACCUGGGCUUCCUGGUGAGCCAGGUGGGGCGCGCCUCUCCCCACCACGGACGGGCACCAGAGAAGGGGCAGCACCAGAGGCGUGAUGCCGCCGAGGCACCUUUCCCAGAGAUACCCCUGGAUGGUACCUGGGCCCCUCCUAAAUCACAGGGCAAUGGCACCACCCUGCAGGCCAAUGUGGUGUACAUUACCCUACGCUCCAAGCGCAGCAAGCCGGCCAAUAUUCGUGGUACAGUGAAGCCGAAACGCAGGAAGAAAUAUGCAGUGGCAUCUCUGGCCCCAGGACAGGAAGCUUUGCCAGGACCAUCCCUUCAGCCACAGGAAGUUGCGAAGGUAGCAGGUGCUGAAGCCCUUGGAUAUGCCCAGGGAAGAAACCUGGCUAAAGUUGCAGAGCGACCCUGGAGGUUGGUGCGUGGUCCUGGAAUGCGAGCCGGGGGCCAAGACUUCCAGCUGCCCAGGACCAGGGAAAGCAACAUCAGGAUCUACAGCGAGAGCGCCCCCUCGUGGCUGAGCAAAGAAGACAUCGUCAGAAUGCGCCUGUUGGCCGACAGCGCAGUGGCAGACCUCCGGCCAGCGUCCUCUAACAGCGGUGCGCGUUUGCUGGUACUGGAGAGAAGCCCCGCAGGCUCUGUGCCCCGCUGUGGCCCUAGUGCCUGUGGGCUGCUCAAGCAGCCUUUAGACAUGAGUGAGGUGUUUGCCUUCCACCUGGAUAGGAUCCUGGGGCUCAACAGGACCCUGCCAUCAGUGAGCAGGACAUCAGAAUUCAUCCAAGAUGGCCGCCCCUGCCCCGUCAUUCUCUGGGACUCAUCUUUAUCUCCGGCAAGUAAUGAGACACACUCUUCUGUGAAGCUCACCUGGGGAACUUAUCAGCAGUUGCUGAAACAGAAGUGCUGGAAGAAUGGCCGAGUACCCAAACCUGAAUGGGGCUGUACUGAAAUACAUCACCACGAGUGGUCCAAGAUGGCACUCUUUGAUUUUUUGUUACAGAUUUAUAAUCGCUUAGAUACAAAUUGUUGUGGAUUCAGACCACGCAAAGAAGAUGCCUGUGUACGGAGUGGACUGAGGUUGAAAUGUGAUGACCAGGAUUCUGUGGCUCUAGCCCACAUUGUCCAGAGACAGCAUGAUCCGAGGCACUUGGUCUUUGUAGACAACAAGGGUUUCUUUGACAGAAGCGAAGAUAACUUAAACUUCAAAUUAUUAGAAGGCAUCAAAGAGUUUCCCGAAUCUGCAGUUUCUGUUUUGAAGAGCCAGCACUUACGGCAGAAACUCCUUCAGUCUUUGUUUCUUGAUAGGGUUUACUGGGAAAGCCAAGGAGGUAGACAAGGAAUUGAAAAACUUAUCGAUGUGAUUGAACAGAGAGCAAAAAUUCUUCUCACCUACAUCAACGCACAUGGAGCCAAAGUAUUACCUAUGAACGAAUAGCACUGGCAGAAGCGCUAGAUGUAUUUACAUGUUCUUGUUCCUAAAUCAAGUACACCAACCUCAAAUUCUUUUUGGAAUGAGGUAGUGUAGAUGAAUACAUAAAAAUAAAUGAGUUUAACCAAGCAUGUAUGAGAAACUUGAGCACUGUAAGCAGACUAAAAGGAUUUAAAAAACAUACAGCUCAGAAAAAUAUUUGUUUGUUUUUCUCUAACAUCGUGCUGUGUGGAUCUCAAUAUCUGACUACAGAAGGGUUCCAAUUAUUAUUCCAGCUAGAUUCGUUAUAACCUUUGUCAUGUCAUUUAAUAGAACAGAGGUACUAUGUCCUAGUUGCCUAGUGCCACUGUAACACAAAUAUCACAAAUAGGUGGCUUUAAAGAACAGAAAUUUAUUUUGUCACAAUCAGGAGGCUAGGAGUCCAAUCCGGGUGUGGCUCUACAGGGAAGUCCUUUUUCUAGUUCAGCUUCUAGUAGCUGGCAAUCCUUGGACCUCUGGGCUUGUGGAUUCAUCUGCCUUUACCUUCCUUCUGUGUCUGUGUGUCUCUGUGUGUAAUCUGCUCUUUUUAUAAUUCAGAAGUGAUUAGAUUAAGAAUCAACCUUACCUGGGCAUGAUCUAAUUAACAUAACAAAGAAAAUCCUAUUUCCAAACAGGAUAACAUCCACAGGUAUAGGGGUUAGGAUUCCAACAUAAGUUUCAAGAGGACACAAUUUAAUACGUAACAUACUGACUCCUUUAAUAAACCAUAUUUUAUAAACGUCAUUUUGACUGGUCUGACCAAAUACUAAUGGGAAUGGUUCUUGACAUUCUUCUGUUGCUGCUUGCUAAAACGUAGCAGUCCCCACCGUAUCCAGAGGCAACUCUCCAUUGGAAAAUUGAGGCUCAUGGUUUGCAGAAGUAUCAGAGCCUGUAAUACCUUCUAUAUAGAGACGGUGGACUGUUUGUAUGUUUCCUAGUGUAUCUGUAAAUUAUCAGCCGUCUCUGAGCAGCAAGAAUCGCAUUUUCCUUUCUUUUUUAGAAAUUUAUUUUAUUGACAAUAAAGAAAUCACCUCAAUCUGAAAAUUUAUAUACUGGGUAGUUUUACUCUUUCCAUUUUGGGUCAAUUUGUGUCUAGCAAUUUAUAAAUUGAACAAUUCCGAAGUAUGAAGUUACCUAUUGGAAGUUACCUAACUAAACCUAUAGACUAUCUUUUUUUUAAAAAUGGAUGCUCUUUUUUUUAGUUUGUCAUGAUUUCUGUGUACUUUAUUAAUAAUUAGUAGAUUUAUUCAAAGUUGUUCUUUGUAAUUAAUGUUUAAUCUGAUUAAAUUGAUUUUAUCCAGAUAUUGACAAUAGGUCCAGAUAUUGAGUGUGUUAAAAUAUACUGGCUGGUUUAUUUCGGUAUAAGAAAUAAAUUAAACAAAAUAAAUUAAACAUAUAAAUAAAAUAAAAUAAACAAAUAAACGAAAUAAAUUAAAACUUGACUCCAGUAAGUUCUCCUCAAUGAAAGCACAUAACUAAGAACUGAAACAUUGAAUUAGUACAAUAUCAAGCCUCAAUUUUUCACCCCAAACUCCCUCUACCAUUUUUUUAAAUUAGACUGGAAGACUUAAAAAAAAAAAGACAUAAUAUUCAUGUGUUGGGUCUUCAUGUCGCUGAAAUGUACUCAAGAUCAUCAUAAGUGAUAGAUAUUCACAUACAGAUUUCAAAUUUAGAACAAUUUUUCACUACCAUUUCACCCCCAUGUACCCCAUCCCUUAUUUAAAAGCUAAGCUUCUGACUUUUUGUUUCCCUAAAGUUUAAAAAUACAAUUUAAGAAUAUUUAUAAUGUGAUGUCUCCUGUCUUCUCAAUUUUGUCUGUUAUUGCUAAAGUGUACUACAUUUUCUGUUUUCUGAUAGAGGAUAAUUGAAUAUCAAUGUGACUUCAUAUUAUUAAAGAUAUUACAAUAAAGGCUAGACUAAAGACAGGGAGAGAAAAAAAGAACAUGCCUUUAGAUUCUAAUUUAUACCACUUAAAUAGAGUAACAUGUCAAAAUAACAUGUUAAGUACAAGGAAGAUGGACCAAAGAGAGAAGGGGAUUAUUCAGUCAUCUAAUUAUAACUUUUUCAGGCUUAUACUCAAGUACUGCUUUUAGCAGCCUUAUUUGCACUGCUUUGCCCUUGGGAAAGUUUAUCUUCAGACCACCCUCUUCUUCAAUUUUCCGUGUAUAGUGCUGAGUACUUCCCUCUGCUCCCAGAAGUUCCUGGUACUGUCUGGCUUUCCUGAGGCCCCGUUUGACCUGCAGUCUCUGGGCUUUUUAAGGUCCUUUUUUUCCCCCUCAGAAAUCAGCCUCUUAAUGAAAAACUGGCCAAACUAAAGUUUGCAGACCUGAGUACUAGUUUGACCCAAGCACUGGCUUUAAAUAACACCUGUGACACCUUGUCUUAUCAAGGUGACAUAUUUACAUUUUAUUAUGUUUUUUGUGGAAAUAUAACAUCUUAACCCAAACUUGUGAUAUUGAUGAUGGGAGUUCCAGGCUCCAUAGAAGCUAGCUUUAUUUUUGUGUCUUGAGCUACACUGCUUUUGUGCAGCCUAAUCUUCCCAUAGGGUCCGUGGGUGGUACAAAGAGUUAAGCACUUGACUACUAGCUGAAAGAUUGAUGGUGUGAUCCCACCCAGAGCUGCCUCAAAAGACAGGCCUGGUGAUCUCCUUCCAAAAAAUCGGCCAUUGAAAACCCUAUGGAGCCCAGUUCUACCUCGGCACAUAGGGUCAUCAUAAGUCAGAGACAAGUCAAGGGCAACUAACACGUUACAUGUUACCUGAAAGGUUGGAGGUUCACACCCACCCAGUGGCUAUGCAAAAGCAAGGCUUGGCAAUCUUUUUCUGUAAAGAUUACAGCCAAGAAAACCCCGUGGCGCUCAGUCCUACUCAUAGGGUCAGUUCUCACACAUGGAGUUGCCAUGAGUUGGAAUCAACGCAAUGCAACAGAUUUUUUUGUUUGUUUGGUCUUCCCACAUCUGGACCUGACUUUGUUUAUUGCCUGUAGUUAUGCCAAAAUGCUUAAUGUUAAAAAAAGUUCCAGAAAUACACAUCUAUUUUAGCCAACUUUGCUCUUUAACAAUGUAUUUUAUUUUACAAUCAGUGAAUUAUUAUUGAAUAUAUUUGAGUAAAGAAUAAUUGAAGGCUAAGCUUUUAAUUCUAAUAAAUAAUGUUCUUUUCUCUUCCUGAAACAAUGAGGAUACUCUGAGAAUUUCAAAUACAUUCAGAUUGUACUGUGGUUUGGUUCACAUAAGCACAUUAUGUGGUUUAUUUAUAACUUGAUAACAAAUUGAAAACAGACAAAUUUACCAUGAGAGAUAUACAAAAUCUUAUUCUUGAGUGAUUUAUUUUACUGAAGUUGAUGAUAUGAAAAUAAAUAUCUUAAUAAUAAAACAUAUUAGAAAUUAAAAAAUGCGCUUUUUCUU